AUGUCGAUGGGCGGUGGGAAUCAGAACAAUGGCAGUAACAUGGGCGCUGGCCUUGGGUUCGGCAUGAACAACAACGCCAACCAGAUGCACGCCAACAUGGCCAAUGGUGUGCAAUCCCAGGAGACGGGCAACUCGCAACCAACUUCAGAAUACUCGCUCGCCGGUAUUCUCCAUCACUUGCAAAGCGAAUGGCGUCGGUAUGAGAAGGACCGCAAUGAGUGGGAGAUCGAGCGGGCCGAGAUGCGUGCUCGUAUCGCCCUGCUCGAAGGUGAACGCAGAGGCGUCGAGAACCUCAAGACAGAUCUAAUGCGACGAGUCAAGAUGCUCGAGUACGCUUUGCGUCAAGAACGAAGCAAGUAUCUCUCGUCGAGCGGCACCUCAAACCACACUCAGUCUGCCUCUUCACCCUCUUCGGCGACUGCUCCUUCGAUCAAGAACCCGCUGUUGCAAGGGUUGGAGAAAGGCACAUCCAGCAGCGGACGCAGCUCGCCCGCUCUCUUUGCAGACUCGGCUCUCACAGCAUCCGCCAUCACAGCAUCCGCCAUCACAACUGCCGGCGGAUCAAUCAACGCUGGUGCUCUCGCCAGUGGUCUUCUCUCGCGAUCUACCUCGAGCGCUAAGGACUCCAAGUCGCGUGCAAAGAGCCGCGAGUAUCUCAAACAGUGCCUGCAGGAGAUCUCGUAUCUCACUUCUGCUACUACCUUGAAUCCACUUCCUGAUCGAGGCAUUGCUUCAGGCUCCUCCGUGAACGGGAACUCGAUGCAGAGUUCUCUGCGCCCGCGAAAGACGAUGCUCGAUAGCGUGCCACCAACAUUGCAGGGGUCUACAGAGUCGCAUGCCACUCUGGCAGGAUCCAUCAGCCGCGUGUCGGCUGCUACCGCGCUCGGUGUUCCAAAUGCCAAGGGUGGUCGACCCGGCCGAUCGCCGCUUUUCGCCUCAGAGCCUGUGCUCGAGGAAGCGAAUGAGAACGAGGAGGGUGCCGAUGGCCAAUCUCAGCCUGCGCAAGGACUGAGAGAGGAAGAUGCUGGAGAGGAACAGCAGCACCACCAGCAGCACCAGGGCGGUGCCAAUGCUUCCCGAGGUGUACCACUGGUCAACCCACUGAGUGCCACUUUUGCUGAGCCAGAGCCUCCGAGUCAGUCCAGCUCCAAUGAAGCCUCUGACGCCGGAGAGCAGAACGAAGCACCUGGCAGCUCUAACUCUUCCGACUCUUCGCGUUCUUCGCAAUCCACCAACUCGCGCGGCACUUCCGGAGGCAGCCUGACUGACCAAGAGCUUGACGAUCAAGAGCAAGUCACAGCCAUCUUCAAGCCCGGUGGACGAGACUGGCAGAAGCUCAAGGAGGCUGGCAUCAAGAACCGCGAGCGUCGCGAAAGCGAGCGACAGGGACAAGCCGCCGAAGAAGCCUCGAUCAUUUCUGAAGCGCAACAGCAGCUUGCUAUCACAUCCGAGAAAGUCAACCAGCUCAUGAACCGCAGCGGUCGAGCACCUGGACCGGAACGCAAGGAAGAGGAUGAUCUUGCCAACCUCAGCCUUGGUACGGAAGAGGAAGAAGCGGCUAAGGAGGCAGCUGAUGCAGCGGCAGACAGCCUGCUCUGGAAGUCGAAGAAGGUUCUGCGCAGCCACCUGGACGCGGUGCGAGCCGUUGCUUUUCUUCCGAACGAGAUGACUCUGCUCUCGGCUUCGGAUGACAAUACGAUCAAGUUCUGGAACCUGGAUGUAGGCACACUCAAUCAGCCCGCUUCCAAGACCGGUACUGACAGUCAGCCUCUGGUCACCUUCCGCGGGCACUCAGCUGCAGUGACAUCUUUGGCAGUUUCACCCAACAAGCGCCGCUUCUACAGUGGUAGUCUGGAUUCGUCCAUUCGUGUCUGGCAAUUGCCUGAUCGAAACGUCGAGGCUUAUCCACCUUUUGAGAAAUCGAUUGAGCUAGGAUGUCUCGUUGGUCACACACAAGCUGUCUGGGAUGUUGCGCUGCUGCCAGAUCGCUCCGACGAAGAAGGACGACUGGCAAGUGUAUCUGCCGACGCGACAGUCAAGGUUUGGAGCGUGCGCAGCGCAUCCUCCAACUUCAGCACCAACGGCGAAACCAACUCAAACGCUUCAGCACCUGCAGUUCUUCAACUCAGCUGGGACUACUUUGGCAGCGACCCGACCCCCGAUACGGCCAAGGAACGUGGGAACCUCGAAAAAAGCGGUAGGCUCCCCGUUCCCACUUGUGUGGAAGCAGUUCACUCAGACCUGCGCCUUGUCGCUGUCUCGUACUCGAACUCGGUGGUCAAGCUGUUCGACCUCGACACUGGUCGCCAAGUGCGCCAGCUCAAGUCCGACGAGACAUAUGAUGGUACGGCCGAGACUCAGAUCAACAAGCUCGUCACGCACCCUACACUGCCCAUGCUUAUCACGGCGCACGAGGACGGCUACAUCCGAAUGUUCGACCUUGAUUCGGGAGCAUGUACGUUGUCGAUGGUGGCGCAUCUGGAUGCAGUGACGUCGUUGGACAUCGAUGCGAGUGGAUUGACGCUUGUUUCGGGUGGACACGAUUGCAGUGUACGAUUCUGGGACAUCGCUGGUGGAUCGUUGGUUGGCAAGGAAGGUCCUGUGGGUGGAGGAGUAAGUGGCGAGGGAGAACAGUCAACAGCUGUUUGCAGGCAAGAAAUCAGUUCACAUAGGAAGAAGGCAGGAGAAGGUGUCCUCGCCGUUGCAUAUAGCCGAACACUUCCCUUGUUCGCUUCGGCUGGUGCUGAUGCUGUUGUCCGCAUCUACGGUUGA